AUGGCUUCCCAAGGCUCUGUAUCAUCACAAAAAAGUAGUCGGCGACGACGAACGCUGACGUGCAACUGUGGUGAACCCCCUGUACUGAGAUGGUCGAAGACACCAGACAAUCCCGGCCGGAGAUUUUGGGGCUGUGUAUACUUUGAUAUUGGGAAGGAGUGCACAUUUUUUUCCUGGGCGGAUGGAGUUGCAGAGAUAGAAGAGGCUGAGGUUGCAAGGUUGAAGAUGAAGAUUUCCACCUUGAAGGCUAAAUUAGUUUAUGCCAAAUGCAAACUGUUGGUGGCUGUAAUUUUUGGUAUGUUGGGUUGGUUUAUGGUGAUUCUAAUGGUUUAUCUGUGGGUGAAGAAUGGAACCCAUUUGAGGUUAGGGUACUAA